AUGACGAGCGCGGCAACAGAAAGGGAGUUCAAGAAGUGGAGAUUAUGGGGAGUCAACAAGUUCCUCGAGGCUAACGCCGCCUUGGGCAUGGAGCAAGUGGAUAAUGGCCGCCCACCAACCCUUGACCUUGUCCAGUCAAGAUACUUCAAAGACAAAGACGAAGCAGAUGAGCUCCUGACCGAAGCUCGCUCCUCGCUUAGGGAAAUGGAGCUAAAACAUGUCAUUCUUGGAGCUUGCGAUUUUCUCGAUAUCUUUCCUUUAAGAACAUCCGAAGAAAAUGGCAAUGUACUUCUCACACAUCGCAACGUCUAUCGCACAUUUGGGAAGAAAGAAGCCCAAGGGAUGAGAUUGUACGCUGAAGCAAGACAUGCCUACCUGCGCUUUCGAAGAGUUCGAGAUAUCAACAAACUGUCGAUUUCUCAAUUUACUGAAGACUAUUUGAGCACAAAUUUGUUGAUGUACGAAUACCCUGGAGGAAGCUCGGAACAAGGGCUGUUUUCGACUACCGAAGUCGGUGUGUCAGCUUUCGAUAUUAAGUUGACCACAAGUGCCGAUCUUUCUGACCAGGCGGACGGAGAGACAACAAAAUCAACCGAGCCUUCGAACAACGUACUACAUACGCUGUUCGAGCUGAUCAAGCAUACAAGCUACAAACACUAUGACGCAAGUAAUCAGGGCUGGGACGCUGAAAACAAACUCGAAGAGAUGAAGGACGAAGACAUGCGCUACCUCAUCGUCAGGCUUGCUCACGACGCGGUUCCGGAAUCUGAUACACGAUGGAGCAAAGACUCAAGCAUGGAUCACUCAGUUGUUGGCUUUCUCUCCUUCAUGAUCACCCAGGAAGAGAAGGAGAAUGUCGUCUACAUCUACGAGAUACAUAUGUCCGAACACUUCCGCGGCUGUGGCUUAGGACGUCACCUCUUCAAUGUAGUUGAGCAUGUUGGCAGAACUACUGCUAUGGACAAAAGCAUGCUCACCGUCUUCAAAAGUAAUACACGCGCUCGAAACUGGUAUGCUUCACGCGGAUACGAGGUAGACGAAAUCAGCCCGAAACCAAGGAAGCUGAGAGGUGGAAGAUCCAUCGAGUCAGACUACGAGAUUCUGAGCAAGCAUCUCCAUGAUAAAAGCAACAAGAAAAACAAGCAUUGA